AUGGGUCUUGACAUGAAGGAGACCGGUGCAACAUUUUGUAAAGUUCUUGGAUUCUCGAUGAACACGAGCAUCAAAUUCAUGAGAAACCACCCAGUUCUAUCAGGGGUUUCCAUGUUUUUACUUGCGCUAUACGUUCUCCUCCCUUCCUUGUUCUUCUUCUUGAUAUACUCGUCGCCGGUUCUUGCUUGUGUUGUAGUGUAUGCCCGAGAAAAGAUGGGAUUGAGUUUUUCACCUUCAGGACCAAAGAGCUGCGAAAGAGAAAAGGAUGGAGCUAGAUGUCACUUACGACAACAACGAAGUGUUAGGCGAAACGCUAGAAUGCAAGUUGAAGAAUGGGAUUCACAGACAAGCGAGGAGGAGAAGGACAAAGUUAUCUUGACCUCUCUUUACAACGACCUUCUUGGUCGUACACCACAUUUCGAGGAGUCUCCUAAAGCAAUAGAGACCGAUGCAGUAGAAGAAAAUGAGAAGCCUGCUGGUGAGGAAGAGUCGCAAAUGUCUUAUCUUAACGUUGAAGAGCCAAUGGUUUGCAAUGAGAUCAAAGAAGAGAAGAGGGAGGAGAUGAGCAAUGCUAAUGAACAUGGGGUUUCAGAGAUUGAUAGAGAUAAGAGACUAGAGAGUCUAAUAGCCAGAAGAAGAACAAAACGUCUCUUUAAACUAGCUCUUCAUCAACAUAAUAAGCUUCAAGCCGAAGAAACAUCUAGCCCUAAACGUAACAACAACAACCUUCAUAUUAACGUGCCAAGGAAAAAUAACAACUCUUUUGAAAAGCGUCAAAACUACUAUCAUCAAUUAGACGAUAGUACUUUUAUGGGAUUACAAGUUCCAUCCUCAGCACCUUCCGUGAUGUUACAAGCGAGAAACCCUUUCGACAUUCCUUACGAUCCUCAAGAGGAAAGACCUAUUCUUAGUGGAGAUAGCUUUGAUCAAGAGUUUUCAUUUUUAGACCAUAAUGAUAUGUUCUUCUCUCGUCAUGAGAGUUUCAGUCGCCUUGAUCAUUUGUCUCCAGAACAUGAUCAGCGUAUGGACAGUCCACCUUCUACUUCGGACAUCACAACUACUAGGAAACGUUUAGAUUUGGAAAAUGAACAUGAACAAAAUACAAUAGAAGAUGAUAAUAAAUGUGUUGAGAGUGGAGAGCUAGAAGUGAACAAUGAGAAAGAUUCGAACAAUGAAGAUGAUGAUGAUGAUGAUUCGAGUUGUUCAGAAGAGAGUGAGACAGAACACAACCGUUUCAACAAAGCAGAGCUCAAGGAAGCUAUAAGCCACACAAUGGAUAACUAUCCUGGUUUUCUUGUGAACCAAGCAAGAAACGGUAUCCCAAGCCCGUUACCUAGAGAUUUAGCACCGCCAAAACUCGAUGAUAACAAUAUGUUGUAUGCUCGUAAACGUGAAAACUCGCACAGUAGGACAUUCUCCAUGGCCUCGGAUAUGCAAGUUGAGGUUUCGGAGGUUGGUUCACCUCCUACUACGGUUGAUUGGCUUGAUGAAUGGUCUAAUGACGGGGAAUCAUCAUAUAUGUAUGAUACUGAUAUUGACAGAGAAGUCAUACGCGGUGAAGAAUCAAGCAAGAGGGCACCUAGCCAAUGUGAAUCGAAAGAGGAGAAUAGUUGGCUAGAGACUAAACCAGUGGCCGAUGAUAUGUAUAGAAGAAGUCAAGCUGAAGAGAGUUUUGACCGGAAACUUUCUGGUUCGAGUGAUGUUUCUAAGCCAGUAAGAGAUUUGUUGUUCCGUACAAGCGUGUCAUUGUCGUCGAUAACAGAAGAACCUGAAAUAAUCUUUGACUCAGUGGAUGGGGGAAACAUCAUCUUGACUACAGAUAUAGUUGAUCAGAUUUCUCCAACUUCUCUGGAUUCAUCCACCAAGAAGUUUCUUGAUGAGGAAGUUAUUGAUGUGGAACAAAUAGAAAAUAAUGAUCUUUGUGUAUCUCCUAAGAUUGUGGCUUCAAAUAUCAUUGACCACCAGCAGAAAGAUCAAAUAUUGAAUAGUAUUCAAGGAGAACAUGAUACAGAUCAGAUCCAUAUGAAGAACGAGAACACGAAGCCAAAGGAAUAUGAUGCAACUCAGAGCUUAUUGGAUGCUUCUUUGGACAUUCCCUAUAUAGAAUCAUUUGAAAGAGAAACAACUGAAGAAGAAGAACCAGAGUUAAAUGAUUUAACGAAAGAGGUAACAACACAAACUGAAGAUACACAUGACUCACAAGGUUCACAACCAUGGACUCAACAGGGCGGUUUAGAUUCUUCCGAAGGAACAUCACCAAGAACAUUGGAGAUUACCCAACAAACAGAGCAUAAUGAUGCUAUUUAUCCAAACAACGUCUCUCAAGAUAUUUCUAAGGAUAUAUUUGCUGCAGCAGCCAAUGACUCAACUACUACUGAGAAUAAUGACCAAGAGAAUCUAAAACCUGAUGAGCAAGGUAUAGAAGAAACUGGGGAAAAAGAUUUAGGGCUUAAUUCACAACCAAUGCACCAUAACAUUGGUUGA